AGUUUCUGGUCAUUAUUAUCUCCCUGUGUAUAACAAUACACAGCUGCAAUGGUACUAAUAAUGAUUGCAGCAUAAAUUAUCCACAGAAAUGCGGGUAUCUCAACAUAAAUUACCCCUUCAACAUCAAGGGUUCGAAUUGUGGGCACUCCAACUUCUCUCUUGUAUGCAAACACAACUCCACUUUCGGAGAGGGGAACAUCCCAUUCAUUUCCACACCUACAGGCGAAUACCAGGUCUUAAGUCUCUCAUACAAUUCUCUGCUAAUCAAUGUUACCCAUCUCAAAGCUUUCAGUUGCAAUGUCUCACAGACUGCACACCAAUUCUUUUCACUUCCAAGGGAUGGGCCCUUCACAAUUUCGGGAUCCAAUGUGUUUGCCUCAAUUGGCUGUUAUGCCAAUGGAUCCUUCUUUCUUAAUGCCCUUCAAUCAAGAGUUGCAGGAAUGUGUGCAGCUUCUUGUUUGAAAAUCUACCAGCCAGAGUACUGUAAUGGGUUUGGUUGCUGCCAAAUUGGGUUGAUAGAGAAUUGGAGAAGUAUUAAUAUUUCGGUGCAGUCACCAUCUGGAGAAUGUGCGUUCUCAACCAUACUCGAACCCACGACCUUCGAGAUACAGGUUCCUGAUAAAGGAAGACUUGGGGUUGGUACUUAUGGUCUCAAGGUCGAUUGGGGUAUUAAGGCUGAUACUUGUUCCUCUGCAACACAAAUGGGUAAUCUUACCUGCUCAAGGAAUGCCCAUUGCCUUGAUGUUACCGGGAUGCCCGGUUACAAGGUCUGCAGAUGUGACGAGGGGUAUAAGGGUGACGGUUAUCAGGAAGGCGUCCCGUGCACUGAUAUAAAUGAAUGUGAUAUUUCGCAAAAGAGUAAAUGUAUUCCACCGCCGGUUGGAAGCUGUGUGAACAUGAAUGGUUCUUAUACUUGCUUUUGCUUAAAGGGAAAAGGUGAUGGUAAGACCAGUUGCACAAGCGACAGCAUACUCGCCCCCCUGCUUAUAGGAAUCUCAACCUCCUUAGUAGGAGGACCACUUAUUGGAGGAGCCAUGUUUUGGGUAGUGAAGAAAAGAAAACAGUUGCUCCUGAGAAGAAAGUACUUUCUGCAAAACAAAGGCCUCCUUCUGCAGGAAUACAUUUCCUCAGACAGAGGGCGGAGGAAAGCCACUAUAUUCUCUGAGUCAGAGCUUGUAAAGGCAACCAACAAUUUCUCUGAAGAUCUGAAGGUGGGAGUUGGAGGUUUUGGGAACGUUUACCAGGGCAAACUGGCAGAAGGCAGGUUAGUGGCUAUAAAAAAAUGCAAAGAUGUUGACGAGGAACAGAUCAAUCAAUUCAUCAAUGAAGUCAUAAUUCUUACUCAGAUCGAUCACAGAAACAUUGUAAAACUCUUGGGCUGCUGCUUGGAAACUCGAAUUCCAUUACUGGUCUAUGAAUAUGUUUCCAAUGGCACACUGUCAGAUCAUCUCCAUGGAAAGGAUGGGACCAAAUUCUUGACAUGGGAUAGGAGAUUACAGAUCAUAACAGAAACUGCAGAAGCAGUGGCUUAUCUGCAUUCUUCUGCUUCUGUUCCAAUUGUACAUAGAGAUAUCAAGUCUGCAAACAUUUUACUUGACUCCACAUAUACUGUCAAGCUAUCAGACUUUGGAUUGUCCCGUCUAAUGCCAAUAGGCAAUACCCAUCUGACUACAGGUGUGAAGGGGACAUUGGGGUAUGUGGAUCCACAAUACUACAAGACUGUUGAGCUCACAAGCAAAACAGAUGUUUACAGCUUUGGGGUUGUAAUGGUGGAGCUGUUAACCAGCAUGAAGGCUAUGUCUGUAGACAGAGCAAAAGAGGAACGUAUCUUGGCAGACUUAUUUCUGUGUAGAAAAGGCCAGGGUUUGGUUGCUGAAUUAUUUGAUACUCGGCUGGUGGAGAAAGAUCAGAUGAAGUCCAUGAAAAGUGUGGCUAAUUUAGCAGAGGCUUGUCUAAAUGAGGAUGUGAACAUGAGGCCCUCCAUGAAGGAGAUUCUUCAGGAGCUCUUGUUGAUUAGAAGUGGGAAUAUGACAGGAAUAAGAGGAGUGGUGCAUUCUUGGGUAAGCCAAAAAGAUUUUAAGGUUAUGAAUGAAGAGGAGAGAUCUGUCCCUUUAGAUUACAAAAGAAAACCAUUGAAAUUCAAUGUUCAAAGCAAGAGGUUUCAUUCAGCUCCUGUAAUCGAUAUGGCUGCCACCGUCUAUGGCAUAGAUAACUUCAUCAGGGCUUAAAAAAUGGUGUGUUUUUCUUGUUUGUGAGAGCAAUUUUCUCAUUAUCAAGUCUGAAGAGAUGAUUUGACUCUGGGUUCUUCUGUAUUGUAUCAGUUAGGCUAUGGUCCCAUGGAAGGAAGUUUCUAAAAAGUGUUUUUAGCUGUGCUCCUGGAAACUUUUAAUAGGAUUUCUCAAGUCGUCUUUUCAUAAAUUUACAGUAAUGAUGAAAUUUCAGGAAU